AUGGGGUUAAUUUUCGUCCCAGCUACGGCGCUCUUGACAUUUUGUCUCUGCUCUUCUCAGCUUGGAUUCUACUUCGUGACUGGAAGCGAAGUCCGUUGGGAUGCAGUCACCAGCGUUGGGAAUGAUGCCGAAGGAAGGAAAUUGAUGCUCAGUGGGCUCAAGUCAUUUCUGGGCAGUGGUUGCAUGCUGCUCAUCAUGUCUUGGGUCUUUACAAGAGUCUGCUCCACAGUCUUUGAUCUGUGGCUAUCUGCAUUACCUGGCAUCCAUUCUACCGAGGAUGCCCACGAGGAUUCUAUGCUCGACGAUCUAAAAAUCGUUACUAAGAGAAAGCGUCCAGCUCGUUUGUGGACUAUCAUUGGUCUUAUCGGAACGCUUUUGCUUUGGUUGAUCCGUCCCAAAGUACCAUACAGCCACAUUUCAGGCGCUAUUCCUUUUACUUUUCUCGAGGCAUUGGUUUCAAGGACUCCAGAAGUGCGCCAACCCUCGAACCACGCAUUCCCGUUGCCAGAACUCAUUAGUGAGGGGCAUUGGAAAGCUCCAGAUGGUCAUUUCAAAGGCUGGUCACCAAACUUCGAUAUGGGGGCUAAAUCCCUGCCAGAUUGGGCUUCUGGUUCACUACCUCCGGGGUUUGAACGCUGGAGUAAGGGGAAGAAUGCGACAGCCAUGAAGAAUUAUUACAAUCCAGUCAACGAUCCCUUGCGGAUAACGAACCUUGAUCAAAAAUUACUGGAGCCAUUGACUCAGGCUCUGAAAGAUCACGACGUUCCCAUCAGUCACGUGGUACUUGUGAUGAUGGAGAGUACACGAAAAGACGUGUUUCCAUUUAGAUCAGGUUCCCACCUACACCGCGAGAUUCUCAACUCCUACAAGUCCCAAGAUCCAGAUUUGAUCCACCAAUUGAACGCCAACCUGUCUCAUCUGACACCCAUCGCCGAGAUACUGACUGGCGAGUCUGGAGAUUUCCCCAAGAGCACAAGGGGAAUGGACUCAUCGCUUUGGAAAGAUACAACCGAGGCAGGAAUGGGCGGUCUCAAUAUCAAUGGCGUCCUGACUGGUAGCAGUCUCUCAUUCAAAAGCGAGAUUGUGAAUCACUGUGGAGUGUGGCCACUCCCUUUGGACUUUAUGGAAGAGAUCAAGUCCGAUAUCUAUCAACCGUGCAUCAUGCAGGUGCUGGAACUGUUCAAUAAGUUCAAAGAGAACCCAUCCGCCAGUUCUUUGAGGGACCUCCGGGAGCGCAAGUGGACAUCCAUCUUUAUACAAGCUGUGACUGGAAUCUAUGCCGAUCAGAAUAUCCUGAAUGACCAAAUUGGAUUCAAAAAGACGGUCUAUCGCGAGGAUAUUGGUCAGAAAGACGCAAAGCAUUACCAUGAUGAUAUGGAAGAGAUCAAUUACUUUGGCUACUCGGAACGAGAGGUAUAUCCAUAUAUGGAAGACGCGAUUGAUGAUGCGAUCAAGAACAAUGAAAGAUUGUUCCUGUCACAUUUUACUAGCACAACACACCACCCAUGGGGCCUGCCAAAGGGGUUCCAAAGCGAACAAUACUUCUCCGACGAGAGUCUGAUCGGGAAGCAUGAGGACAUGAAUAGUUACCUCAACUCCGUUCGCUACGUGGAUACCUGGCUAGGUGAUUUGCUCGGGCUGUUAGAUAAAAAGGGCAUCUCAAAUGAGACGCUGGUUGUGUUCGUUGGAGACCAUGGCCAAGCCUUCCAAGAAGAUUCACCAGUGACAGGAUGCUAUGAAAACGGCCACAUUAGCAAUUUCCGUGUUCCUCUCGUCUUUAGACAUCCACUGCUGCCGAAGAUCCAAAUCACAGCCAACACGACAUCACUGUCCAUCAUCCCGACAAUUCUCGACUUGUUGGUGCAGACUAAAUCGCUCAACGAGAAAGACUUGGGCAUUGCAUUGGACCUGAUGAAUGAAUAUGAAGGUCAAUCGCUAAUUCGUUCAUACAAAGCUACCGACGAUGGACGACAAUCAUGGAACUUCGGUAUCAUUUCUGCUGGCGGGGAGAUGCUCAGCGUUGGAUCUGCCGCUGUUCCAUAUCGACUGAUCCUACCGUUGACACAAGAUUUUGAAUUUGUUUUUUCAAACUUAGAUACAGAUCCUGAUGAGGAGAACCUUUUACGUGGAUGGUCGCUGGAUGACUUGGUAUCACGGGUAAAGAGUGCACAUGGAGAUAAAGCUGGGCAGUGGGUGGUUGAAGCCGAGAAAGUGGGCAAGUGCCGUGACAACUCGCCGCAGCUGGCAUCUUAUCUCCCGAACGCAACCCCCCGCAGAUUUGAUAUCGUGGAUAACCAAUCCCUCAAAAUGGCCGAGGGCUAUGCCAAUGACCCCGAGUGGGCAGAUAUCACUCCCAUCGAGCUUAACGAUGGCUCUGAUUCUGGUGCAAUGCCGCUGGCCACUAUCGCCUAUCCAUCCGAGUACCUUGAAGCAACGUCGUACCUGCGGGCCGUGAUGGCCGCGAAUGAGAUGUCCGAACGGGCACUGAACUUGACCAAAGAUGUGAUUUCGAUGAAUCCAGCACAUUAUACCGUGUGGAUCUACCGGGCCAGGAUCCUCUUCGCCCUGGACAAGGACCUCAUCGAGGAACUCAACUGGCUGAACGGAGUGUCUCUCAAAUACCUCAAAAACUACCAAAUCUGGCACCACCGCCAAGUCCUAAUCUCCUCACAGACACACUUCCCAAGCAUGCCUGCCAAAGAACCAGACUUCCUCAUGGAAAUGUUCGCCCAAGACUCCAAAAACUACCACGUCUGGACCUACCGCCACUGGCUAGUCCGCCACUUCAAGCUCUGGGACUCACCCCGCGAGCUCGAAGACGUCGAGGCCCUCAUCAAAGCCGACGUCCGCAACAACUCCGCCUGGAACCAUCGGUAUAUGCUUCGCUUCGGGCCCCGCGACGACGUGCCCGACGCGGGCAUGGUGAACGCGGGUAAUGCGGACAUCAGCCCGGAGGAGAAGGGUCGAUUGCCUGUUGUGGAUGAGGAUUUGGUUGAUGCGGAGUUGAAGUUUGCACAGGAGCAGAUUGUCCGGGCGCCGGAGAAUCGGAGUCCGUGGUGGUAUGCGCGUGGUGCGUUAAGGGCGGCGGGGAGGGGGUUGGGAGAGUGGGAGGGGUUUGUGGGGAAGUUUGUUGAUGGGGAUGUGGUUAAGAGUAGUCAUGCGGUGGAGUGGUUGGCGGAUGUUUAUGCUGAGGCGGAGAAGGUGAAGGCUGUUGAGAUGCUGACGAUGUUGAAGGAGAAGUAUGAUCCCAUUCGGAAGAAUUAUUGGGAUUAUCGGAUUCGUCAGUUGGAAGAAGUUGCGUGA